AAUACCAGACUACCUGAGAAACACAACAAAUCACGGCUCGUGGACGCUGCCCAGCCGUCCAAACAUCCCGUCUGGAUUAUUCCUACGCACCCUGAACACAGCAUCGCCCCCAUUUUACCUCUGUGGGCGACAGGCCACAGUGAAUGUACCCUAAUGUCAGAUUAUGUCUGUGGAACGCGUUCUCGGUCACGUACUUGACCAGAGAACACAACUUCGGUCAUAUUCCCGUCUCCGUAAAUCGCUCCUGUUUCCUGUGAAUUCCUGCAGUAAUGUUCAGAUCUCCUGUGGAGCUGCUGCUCUGCUCCGUCACACUCCGAGAUGCAAGAUGGAACGACUGUUUGCCAACAAGCUGCCGUCUGUUCAGAUCAACAUAUUUAUUCACCAGAGAAGCACAAUAUUUAUUAUCUGACGGCACGGCUCAUUAGGAACCCAUCCUCCUGAGGGGAGACAACAGCGAGCCUUCAUCUCUGAGGGUUUUCAGAAGGAAACUACAGAUUUUACAGCAGAAGUCACUCAUGGAGGACAGUAUUAAGGGAGCGUGACGCUGUGCUGAGUCCCUUCACUGGUUGCAGCAGCACCAUGGCAGCUAUGGGACCCGAGGACAGAGCUGGAGUCGGUCCAGACGGGACGGCAGGCUGUCCCCCAGAACAACAGACCUCCAGGACCGACGGGCAGCAGACCGUGGUGUUCGCUCAGCCCUGCCUCCACGCUGAGAAGACCAAGACGUCCGGCUGGACCAACCUGGCCGCUCCGCUGCAGAGCAUGGGACCCACAAUGCACCUGGGCAGCAGGUGUGGAGAGGCUCCGUACAGUUUCCGCAGCCCGGAGUCGGUGGAGAUGGACGAGAUCAUGGCAGCGAUGGUCCUCACCAGCCUGUCCUGCAGUCCGGUGGUCCAGAGUCCUCCACAGACGGAUCCAGGACCAGUCGCCUCCUCGUCCUCCACCGACAUGGAGUGUGGCGGCGGUGAGCUCUCCGACAGCGGCAGCAGCGGCUACUGGAGCUGGGACCACGGCAACGUAAGCCCCGCCCCCUCACCGUCCGUCACAGAGAUGGACAGCAGCCCUGACGAAGGCCUGCACAUGGAGCUGGAGCAGGGGGAGGAGCUUACUGCCAAAAAGCCAAAGGUACAGCCACAGAGCUCGUUCAGAGGUGUGUACAGAUGUCUGUGGCCCAGCUGUGGAAAAGUUCUCACAUCUUCAGUGGGAAUAAAGAGACACAUUCGAGUGCUGCAUCUGGGCAGUGGGUCGGACCAGUCCCAGAGGGAGGAGGACUUCUACUACACCAGGAUCUCCUGUGAGACGGUGGACGCCGGCUCCGGUCCGGCUCCUCCCCAGCAGGCUCUGGGCCCGGCUCCGUCCCCUCAUCUCAGCUGGGCCUCCUGUGGUUCUCCUCCAGGCUCUGAGCUCCACAUCCCUCCGGCUCACAGGCCCAGGUCCAACUCCAGCUCCGGGCCGGGCCCCAGCAGGCCCAGUCCGCUCAGCCAGUCGGCCCCCAGCAGCUUCUGGCAGAUCCACUCGGAGCAUCACUACCAGGCCUGUAGUCCUGUCCAGGUAUCCGUGGCCCCCAGAAGCCCCGGCAGCCAGGGCUGGACCCCCUCCAGCUCCGUCUCUGGACACAGUAACCCUCCGAUGGUGAAGCCUCGCUGCCGGUCCGUCAGCGUUGGAGAACAGUGGCUGCAACAGAACAGGCUGCAGCCGAUGAGCGCGUCGCCUUCACGCAACCACUGCUCCUUCAGGAAGGGUCGCGGGGAGGCCAAGAAGUGCCGUAAGGUUUACGGCGUGGAGCGUAAGGAUCAGUGGUGCACCGCCUGCCGCUGGAAAAAAGCCUGCCAGCGUUUCCCCGACUAGAAAGAGAGAGAGACGAUGGAUGAGUGGAAACAGAGACUUUUAUCAGACAGAGAAUAUAAAUGGGCCCAGAGCCGUGGAGAAGAACCAGUUCUUUUACAUGUGUUUUUUUUUAACUUUCAACCUGUUUUCUUUCUUUCCUAAAGGAAUGCAAAUGGACUUUUCUGUAUCUUUGUAACCUGAUCCUGAAAUCUAAAGUCUGCGAUGGUGCUAGCUGUUGACUGACUUUGACAUGUGACGUGCUAAGCCUCCAGUACUCUCCUCCUUCUAUCCAAAGCUCUUAUUACUGCCCCUGUAGCUCCACUGUAUUAGACCGCUACUUGGCUGUUUUCUUUAUUCCCAUCUUCUCCUCCGGUGGUCACAGUGGUUAUGAUGUACAUUAUAUUGUGUGCUUUGAGUUACGUACGAGUAUUUUAUACCUUUUUUUAUUGUCUCGUUGGGCCCUCGUAUCGGGCAGACCGUUUUAUUUUUUAUUUUCAUGUUCUUUGGCACUUUGUUGGAAUAUAAACUCACAAGAAUAAGCUACAUUUGGUUCGACUCAACCAAGUUCCUUCCGUGAAAUGGGUUUCCUUCCUGCCCAUGUGUCGGCACACACCAGUGUUAAUGGUUUUAAUCCGUGAAGCUGUGGAGUCAUGGCGUCAGGGGGAAAGAGUUUGUAAUAGCAAUAAAAAGAGGAAAUAUAUUGUCAAAAACAUUAAAAAAAAGCACUGAGAAUUUGA